UAGCUUGUCAUCCAAGUGGGGACUGAGGUGAUGGGACGUUGUUCCAGCCCAGAAGGUUGGAUUCGGUAAAAAGAAAAAAAAAGCAAGCUAUGAGAUAUCAAAAAAUUGGAUUUGGAAAAUGCCUCUGCGUUUUUUGGUUAAAAGUUUCUCUUGAAGGAUCGUUGAACACUUCUUGUGACUGCUGGGUGGGGCUCAGAUUAUAAAUGCGCUGUAGAUAGCAUACAAAAGCCCUUAAAUUCACCAUUUUUGUCCUUGCUUUAGCACCAACUGCUGAAAUUAUGCAGCCACGUUAUGGCGUAUAUCUCCACCGGAGCCAACGCGCCAAAUUCACAAAAACACCUCUCUCUACUCUCAUCUACUUAGCACGGAGGAAGAAGCAAAGAUGCAGGCUCUGUGGGUGUCCUUGAAGGAGAAUGCCAACUGUGGGAGCAAGCUAAUUAACGUGGUUGCCCACCCAGAAAAAUGCAAUGGGAGAAGGAGCAGCAGUUAUGAAAAGGAAAAUUUUGACAAGAAACUCAUUCGUCAUACGAGAAAAUCAUUUGGAGAUGUGAUUAUCAAGGGAUACCACACACGAACAAGGUACUUGGAGCUCAAAAUGGGUGACCCAGCAAGAAAUAUCACUGAGAUGAUCUUCCAGAGGGCAUCAACAUACCCAUCAAAGCCGUCAAGGAAGAUCCAAAAGGUCUUAAGGGUGAAGAACUCCAUUGAAAUUCUUGAAAGGUUUGAGAAAUAUAGAGAGAAAGUAAAGGAGAGUGCCUAUAAGCAACAAAAGACACAUCCAAGAAGCAUUGUAGACGGAAAUGAGCUUCUGCGAUUCUAUGGCACGACAAUGUCCUGCUGCAGUGAAAAAUCGAUGCGAGUUUCAGAGCUGUGUAAAGAUCCCACUUGCAGAGUCUGCAGAAUGAUUCAAUCUAAUUUUGACACAGAGUAUACCAAGAAGAAUGGGAUUCGAUUAAGUACAAAUAGUGAGGAACUAAGUGAAAACAUGAUUACCUUGUCAAUGUUGAAAAUGGAAAGGGCUGCAAUAGUAUGCAGGAUAAUUGCAGGCACAGUUGAUAAUAAGGUUAACAAUGGGUUAAAAGAAGAGUGUGAUUCUAUAGUGACUGAAGCCCAGUAUUCUGAGUCAGAAUCUUUGAUUGUAAGAAAUCCCAGUGCUGUACUUCCCUGCUUUGUCAUAGUUUUCUCAUGAGAUUUUCUGAUAUCUGUAAAUGUGUUCUUUUUGUAGUUAAAUCAAAACCGGGGCUGGGAACAUUGUAAUAUUCCUACAUUAGCUAAGUUAAACGUGUUUCUGCUAAA